AUGACCGACGAAAAAAGGCGGUCAAAGUCGAGAGAUAAAAAAAGCCGCAGCCGUGCCAGUACGCCUGUCAGUGGAACAUUUUACUCGAAAUUCAAAUCCAACUUCGGCAGGAGCGCAAAACCAGUUGUGUGGCAAUAAACAAGGAAUCAGGCAGUACGGUGAAAAAAGCGGGGAAAAUCUUGGUUGCCACAGCUCGGAAGAAAACCAGUAGUACAGGACGCGAUCAUCACAACCAUUGUUUCGAAGAAGCUUUUACGAAGAAGUUAUGAAGACUUCCAGCAACGGAUUCGAGCGAGAGAAAAACAAAGACGACAGUGAAAAGGACUCCGAGUGCUCAUCAGAACACUGUCGCGAGCAAUCAACCCCCAGCGGCGCCGUCUCCAGUUCGAUCGCCAGACCUGCCUACGACUCCUGACGACCUUAAGAAGAACUGCGUUGCCAGAGACUUCGUAGAACAUCUCGGUACGUGAAAAUUCAAAGAUUUUUCGAAAGGGUUACUAAAAAAAAUCCGCAAAAAACGUCCGAUUCUUCGAAACCGUUCUAUAUCCGAAUCGAAACCAGAAUCUCCCACAACGAAUGAUACCUACUCUUUACUGAAUCAAUUUUUCUAAAAUUUUUAGUUGACCCCCUGCUCGCUAGUGGACAGUUUAGAGAAAUUCUCGAAACAUGAUCUCAGCUGGCUCUAGAAAAAUUGAAAAAAUAAACUUGACAAAAACUCUUUGCUUUAAAAGUACCUAUUUGACCUAAAAAAGGUGAAAAAAGGGUCCAGUAGGUUGCAGAAAAUAAAGUUACUGAAUUCUAAAAGAUCUUUCGCAUUUUAAUGCGAAAGAUUUUGUAUCUUGGCCUGUUUUGGAAUGCUUCUUCAAAAUCUCGAACCCUCGCCUCAAUUCUGAUCUGUGCUACAAACUUGAAUCUCUUCUCAGAUUUUUUUCGUUAGUAUUUAUUAGGUCCAGCCAAUCCUUAGAUUAAAAAAAAAUCAUAUGUGGUUAGACCCAAAAACAAAAAGGGUACCAAAAGGUAGUUGAAAUAAAGAAAAUGAAUCGGACAAACAACGAUUCGGCGAUCAAUCCGCCAAAAAAAAAUCCAGAACCGGAAAUGAAAGAAAGAGGGAAGGAAGAUGAGGGCAGCAGCGUGUCCGCUGUUCGGACGACUGCCGAUGGCUCGGAUGAAGGCGCGAUGGCGAUUUCGAAAAAAAAAAAUUACAGUAAUAGCUUAUUUGUGGCUAGAGCUUAAUCCAUCAAAAAAAGAUCUGACACGAUAAGAAAAAAAAUCAGUACCUGGUCGGUGGAUAGCGCAGCCUUUUUGCAUCUCAAGUUAGCCGUGAGUCGGUCGGACCAACUGUAGGAGAAGGAAAAAGACUGUGAGAGGAGGGCCAUGAACGUCGAUACUUUUACUGGUUGAAAUCAUUAGUUUUUUCCUAACAGAAAUGAACAAUUAACGACUUCGUAUUUUUCAGCGAUCGUCAAGUACAAGAUGCAGUACGAAGAACUCCGAGCGAGUCGCGUUCCUCUCGACCAGUGCAAAGUCUGGGCGGCCAACAUGAGCCGUAAUCAAAGCGACGUACGAUUCGUUUUCCAAAGAAAACCAUGAAAAAAUCGAAAAAAAAUAUCAGAAACGUAAAAAGAACACAGAGAAAAUGGACGCAGAAAGUACAAGAAUUUUGAGCCUUAAUAGGCUGACAUGUGAGUAAGUCCGGAGUGAUUUUUUUCGGAGACUCAGUUAUCUUUAGCUCAACUUCACAAGCAGUUCUUGCUGAACUCAACAAUCGAAAAAAAAACAAGAAAACCCUCGAAAAACUUCAAAUUUUCAGAAGUAUCCCAUUUACGACGCGAAUCGAGUCAUUCUUCAAAUGUGUAAACAAGACUAUAUCAACGCGAGCAUAGUUCCUCUAGACGGGGUAUUAUUUUCAGAUUCUACAUGAAUAUAAAUACAUUUUCUCAGUUUCCCCAUCCAGUAAUUUUGGCUCAAGUUCCGGUGUUCAGCGUUCCAACGGCGGUUGAAGAGUUUUGGCGCAUGAUUUUUCAUGUACGGAAAAAGUUUGAACAUCCAGUUCCUGCUUUAUGUUUAAGGAGCAAGUCACCGCUGUGCACCUGUUGUGUAAGAGCGAUGAAACGCCAAAUAAUUUCGCGGAACUGUUUCCCUUGAACACCGGCGCCUACCAGUACUUCGGCAGCAUGUUCAUCAACAACCGAAGGGUGAGUAUGGAAAAAAGGAUAAAAGGAAUACGAGAUAAAUAAGAACCUGAUAUUGAGGUAUUCAAGAAACUCUGAAUAGGAAAGGUGAUAAGUAAGACUUUGCUUUAAUUUCCGACUUUUUCGAUUUAUGCUUUAAUUUCCGACUUUUUCGAUUUAUAACAUCAUAGUUGAUAAGAAAAAAAAUAGUGAACUUGAGUAAAGUGCAUCUUUUUAGUUGUGCGCCAAAUCCACCUAUUUUUAUAUAUUAAGCUCGAGUAUUUAUAGAUUUAUUUUUCGCUUUGUAUACUGGACUUAUAAUAAUUUUUUCAAUGUGAGAUUUAGACUGCACGAGAUCAACCGGAUUUGAUAAAGUACACGAUCGAAGUGUUACCGGAAGGAUGUUCCAAUUCGAUUAUGACAUCGGUUUCAAGGUUUUGAAGAGUUGAAAUAGUAUAUUUGAGGUGUAUCAUCAUCAAUAUUGGGACGCACUCACGGGACCCAGCAACAUCAGGCCUCCCCUCAAUACGGCCGUGCAAAUUCAGCAAGGUCAUGAAGUAAAAUAUUCUAUUAAACGUUUUUUGGACCAAAAAAAAACUUAAGAAAUCGGCGAUCGUUUCAUUGUACGGAUCUGGCCGAGCAGGAACCUUGUUGGCGCUUUCGGUAGCCUUGAAAAAUCUGCACGAUGGCCACGAGCCCAAUGUUCGCCAAUAUCACUUUUCGCUCUGAAUCAAGUUUCAGAUGAAAGAAAUCGUACAGAACAUCCGGCUGAAACGACCGAUGUCCGUGGACAGCAUGCAACAGUUCGGACUACUCUACUUCGCAUUCUUGCAUCAUAUAAAGGUAAAUUUGAAGUUUUAGGAAACAAUAUAAAUAUGUUAAGAGGCGGAUCCCUCCGGAGCUGCAAGAGAAGGCCAGGGAGUUCAAAAAACUUUGUGAAGAAGCGACGGUGUUUGCCGAAAAUGUUCUGUGA